AUGUCGAUCAUUCCAAGCUUCAUUGGCAACAGAGGGGCAAACGUCUUCGACCCCUUUUCACUAGACAUUUGGGAUCCGUUCCAAGACUUCCCAUUCUCAACCCCGGCUUCAUCUUCUGCACUCUCUAUGCCUCGUUAUGAAUUAUCAGGAGAAACAUCGCAAUUGGCCAACACUAGGAUCGAUUGGAAAGAAACACCGGAAUCACAUAUAUUCCGGGCUGAUUUACCUGGUGUUAAUAAGGAAGAAGUGAAAGUUGAAGUUGAAGAAGGAAGAGUUCUACAGAUAAGUGGGGAAAGAAGUAGAGAAAGCAAAGAGAAAAAUGAUAAGUGGCAUAGAGUUGAGCGUAGCAGUGGUAAAUUCAUGAGGAGAUUUAGACUGCCUGAGAAUGCGAAAUUGGACGAAGUUAGUGCUGUCAUGGAGAAUGGAGUACUUACUGUUACUGUUCCUAAAGUUGAGGAGAAGAAGCCUGAAGUAAAAUCUAUUCAGAUCUCUGGUUGAGUUUCAGUGCUUACAACAAAAUGUGAUGCUGUCCAAGUUUAUGGUUUUUGGGUGGAAUGGUCUUAUAUGUUUUGUUGUUAGUGUUGGUGUAA